UUGGUUUGUGUCGGGUUCCCGUCCUGCGAGCUGUGACGGGAGAUGUCCGUGUCCUGCAGAUCAGUAAAGGGAUCACGGUGAAGGAAUUGCGUUAUCUGUGGGGGAUCGUCAAUGAGAGUAUCCUGCAGACCAUCCAGAGGGCGCUGCUGGAGAGACACCCGACCCGCCCGUUCAUCGCGGAGCUGCAGGGAAUAUUCAACGUUCUGCUGCGCGGGACAGCCGAGGAGAGCGAGGAGGUGGUGAAGAUCGUGGACAGGCUGCACAAUUCGGAGGACAAAGUCAAAGCGGUGACCCCGAAAUCUCUGCUGGACAACUGCAACAGGGUCCUGUACGCCCUCUACGGGGAGGACUGCCGGCUGGGCAACUCCAGGUCAGAGGACACGCUCUGCCCUCCCGGAUCACUUCCAGAACCUUCUAGUCAGGAAUGA